AUGAGUUCGAAUCGUUGCAAUGUGUGCGGUGGCCCAGACAUGAAUCUAGUAGACGGCUUUUACUACUGCGUUGAAUGUGGUACUCAAAAUGAAAAUAUUCAAGAGCACAUCGUGGACAAUAUUGUUUUGGGGGACGGCACAAUGGUCAAAUUUAAAACGAAAAAAAUUCGAAAGGAAAAGGAAGACGUAGAGAUGAGUCCUGAAUGGUACAAAUGGCAUGCUUUCAACUACAUUAUUUCGGGUCUGACAGAUGAAUUAAUUACUGCUGGUGCAGAGCCUACAGUGAGAAGUAAAAUACUUUGGAUAUGGAUUAGAUAUGUAAAAAAGUUUCAAGUAAAAAGCAUGGGACAUAUAAGUUUGUUCCACGCUGACAGUGAUAAGGAGAAUGUGGAAUCGGCAACACAUGAUACAAAUAAAAAUACAGAUGAAAGCUCUAGAGACAGAAUUUCUUUUGAGGAAGAUGAACACAAGCUACACAGUGAUGUGCGGAAAAGUUGCAAAACUAUGUAUGCAAAUGAGAAUUGUGAUGAUGUUUCAGAUAGUGAUGAAGAAAUUUUUGGUGAAUUAAAUAGUGAUGAUGAUUGUAGCAGUGAUGAGGAAUGCAACACAAUUGUAAAUAAAAGAAAAAGAAGAUUUGAACAUUUUGUUAGCAUAGAUCCUAUAACAAAGGGUGUUAUUAUUAGUAUUUUAAAUGCUGCUUUAAAUUUAGACAAAAGUAAUAUUCAACUUUCCCAUUUAAGUAGGUUAAUCAAAAGCGGUCAUAUCAAUAUAGAUGAUUGUAUUAAGUACAUACCUGAAGAUCUAAACAAAACAAAAAUUCCACAGUUUGCUACUUUUAUGCGUUCAUUGAAGAAAGAAUAUUCAUCUGGUCGUAUCUGUUAUGUUACAAAGAAUCUUUUUAAAACUCUUGAUUUGGGCUCACCGUUAACACCAAAUUUAGGAAAGAUGAUUGAUGAUUAUAUAAAAGAAUUAUGUUUGCCAAAUGAAUUUCAAAACUUGGUUGAAUCUCUAAUGUUUCAGUAUCCUUUCUUUAAAAAUCUUGGACUUGAUUGCACAUAUGAUUUUGAAGCCAUAUGUAUGAGUUAUAUCAUUGUAGCAUUAAAAAUGUGUUUUGGUUUAGAUGCAGAUUAUGAGAUCAGAUUAUCUGAAGUUGUUGAUAAUAUUAACCAAAAAAAUAACUAUCCCAAAUCCUAUGCAUUUACAGAAAGGUCUGAAAAUAACAGAAGACUGUUUUCUUUUAAAGAAUGGAGUGAAUACUUGAGAGCAAGGAAAAUGAUUGUAUGCAAACAUAACUUGUUCAUAGCAAAUCUUUACAAAUCUGAAACAACUGACGAUUAUAUAUUUUUAGAACAUCUACCAGAAAGAUCUGCAGUCCCACCUACCUUAAGCCAACAAGUGACAAUGGAUAUUCUAAACAAAAUUCCACUGCUUUCUCCAGUAUCUGUAAUACCUAAAAAUGAAUUUGACCUUAUAUUUACUCCCCUAACUACAGGUACUGAUGUCAUACUAGAAUAUAUACAAGAUCCUGAAUUACGGUUGGUAUUAAGCGAAGACUUUACACAGUAUUCUUUGGAUUAUGCUGUUAAAAACCUUAAUUUAAAAGAAAAUGAUGAUACAAAAAAUAUUGUAAAAGGUAUCAGUUACGCUAAUAAAAUAAAAAAUAAAAAGGGUCAUGAAAGUGCUAAGGCUUUUCAUGUAUUCCACGAAAGGGAUAGCAAAACCACAGAUGUGUAUGUUUCUUUUUGGGAAAAAGAAAAUUUCGAACUAACCCUUGAAGAACAAGAAGAACAAACAAUUGAGAAUAUAAAGUAUGAAGAUUCCAAAUCGGAAACAGUUUGUAACAAUGAUAGUGAUACGGAUUCUUCAAGUAUUCUUCUCAGUAAUGAACGACAAAUAACAUUUGUUGAUUUUCCAAAUGCAACUAUCUACGAUGAUGAUGAUAAAUCGGAAGUAAAGCAAGUUAUUGAAGAAUUAUCAUCAGUUAGAGGAGAUAGUUUUAUUGCAUCACCUAAUACUUUUGAUCAGAAUAGACCAGAAAACACUGAUGGCGAUCCUGUUUUACCAACAAAUUUUGAUCGCAAAGCUAUUGUUGACGAUCUUUUAAAAAUCGCCUGUAAGAAAUACAAUCUUAGGUUACCAAAACCAAGAUCAGAGAGGAAACCCCUUCCCGAAGGUAGAGGUCAUAACAAAAGGAAAGAGAAAAUUAGAAAUUAUAAUAUUAUGGCUAAGUAUUAUAAACUUCUUGAAAAUAACCUAAAUAAUACAAAUAAUUCUCUAAGUAAUUUCAAUAAUACUACACUUAACCACCAUGACGAUAGUAUGCAAAGAAUGGAUGAAGACGAACUCAACCGUACAACACAAGAACCUACAGAUAUAAACAACGACCUAAGUAAAACUGAGGUUGUUAUGAAUGAUACUGAAGUUUUAGGGAAUAGUGUAAUCAGUGAUGAAGAAUCUUUAAACUCUUAUGAAGAACACGAUACAGAUGAACCUGAAUACACAUUCCCCCUGCCUGCCGAUAGUGAAAUUAUUGAAAACAAAGAUAAAAUGUCAGAAUUAAACAAAUCUAUAAACAGAAUACUCACCAAAGAGACGACACGGCUUGGGGAGCCACCAGCUAAGAAAUUGAAGGAGUCAAAAAUUGAGAAAAAGAUUAUAGAAGGAGAAAGAAUAUACUGCGGUAGCAAGAGGAAUUUAAAAAGCAUUAACUAUUGGGUAGUUUGGUUUAACAACCUGCCUGGUAUUCAAAGUCUGCAUGGGGCGUUUAAUAAGGAAUUAUAUGAACACUUUCCACAUAGCUUCAGUUAUAUUUUACAUGAGUGUGGAUUACUUAUUGACUGCUGCCCUUCGAGACUCUACCGUGCAAUGCAAGUUGUGGAGAAAUUAAUCGCAAGCGACUUGAACUAUUAUACUAAACGUUUUCACAUGUAA